UAGUAAACACACUAGUUCAAGCAGUAGUAAACACAGCAGCAGUAAACACAGUAGUAGUAAACACACUAGUUCAAGCAGCAGUAAACACAGCAGCAGUAAAGACAGUACUAGUAAACACAGCAGUAGUAAAGACAGUACUAGUAAACACACCAGUUCAAGUAGCAGUAAACAUGGUAGUUCAAAAGACCAUGAUAAAAAACGUUCCAAUUCAUCAACACAUCAUAAAAGCUCAAGUAAAGACAAACAUUCGAAGUCUGACUCUAAGCAUAAAGACUCAUAUAGAGAAUCAAAGAAAAAUCAUUUACUAAACAUGGGGUCUGAAUCAGAUGCUGACUUUAUGGACUCUGACUCCAACUCUGCUCUACUGUUGUGUGGAGCUAAGAAACGUAAAGCUGACCUUACUAAGUUGGAUGUCCCUCCUCCUCCAACAAAGCAGGUAAAGCUGUCUAGUAGUGAUAUAUUUGGAACACUCCCGGAAAUCUCCCCCAACUACAAGCCCCUGCCUUACCUACCCAUGGGUAUACCGUCCAAAAAUAAUGAAUCUAUCCCUGUGGACAUAGGCAAGAAGAGUCAUUCCCGAACACAGGUCUAUUCUGGACGUAAACAAAACCUCACCGAAGUUCCAAGUCUCUUUGAUGCAUGCAUGAGAGUUGUUAUGGACAAUAUUGAUGAUAUUGAUGGGUUUCCAACAUACAUCCCAUAUGAUGUUAUCAAGCCUGUAUUGCAGAAGUGCAAUCCUUCCCAGCUCUAUAAUAUUGAAGACUGUAACCCAUAUCUCAUUGAGGACACGGAGCAACUGUGGAAGUUACAUGCAGAACGAGACUUCAGAAACAAAGAACCAAAUAAAGAUGACUGUGAAAGUUAUAGAGAAAUGUACCUGAAACUGCAUGACGAGCGUGAUGCAAGGUUGAAAACGCUUACCAGUUCCAUAAGUAGAACUGCCCAAAAAUCCCAGAAAGAUGUGAGGAAGGCUAAAUUAGCAUAUGUUGAUACAUUUGUGAAACCCCCUAGAGAAGUUUUAAGAAACCAGAAGAGAUAUGGCACGGCAGGUCCUGUUGCAACAGAUCCUUUGUCCAGACUGUCAAGCCAUGGGGGCCAGAAGUCAAAGCCAGGACGGAGUGUAGGUCAACAUAGAAAUCGUGAAAUGGAACAAAACCUUGGAGCAAGCUUGAGGCGAAAUAAAGAGGCCAAAAGGGUUGCCCCAAUGAUGCAGAAAACCCUACAACUGAUGAAGAGACUCAAGAGAUGAUCUUAACAUAGCAUCACCAUCUCACCAUCUACAAAUAACUCAAGAGCCUAUCUAUAUGCCAAUCGUGAUAUUGCCUCUAUAUUACACAAG